CAGACUUCCUCCCCGCGAAAAUAUAUCCAAUAACUUCGACAGCCUCAACAAAAUGUCGGCCCCGAAGAGAAAAGCACUUGAUAGUGUACUACAGAGCCGGGUAAGAGCUAGACGGGAGCAGAGCGAAGAAAUUGAGGAUAUCUCCUCAGGAUCAGAAGCUGCAGACCCGGAACAUGACGAUGGGAGCAGUUCAGAUGGUAACGAAGAGGACGACGGCAACGAGGUAUGGUUUUUGCGCAACCCAAUAUUAUCUAGUCUAAUAUUCAAGGUAGUCAUCAUCCUCGUCGGAGCCUGAACCUGAAGAUGCGGCGUCCAUUUCUUUUGGCGCAUUAGCAAAAGCAGAAGCCACCCUCAACAACCCCAAGCGCAAAAAACGGCCUAUAAAAGGCGAGAGUGUCGAUACCUGGACUAACAAUGAAGCAAUUGAAAGAAAGGAAGGACGGAAAGAUCGUAGAGAUUUCAAUCGCUCGAGCAAGCAUGCGCCAACAGAAAUAUCCAGCAAAAAGGCAGUUUCCCGAAAACGAGAAGUCGUGCCUGUACCAAAACGCGAAUACCGAGAUCCCCGAUUCGAUGCGGUAACUGGUUACGUGGAUGAGGCAAAGGUCCGAAAAGCUUAUGCGUUUUUGGAUGAUUAUCGAGAGGAUGAAAUGAAAGAGUUGAGGAAUACCAUCAAGAAUACGAAGGAUGAGGAGAGCAAAGAGAAGUUGAAGCGCACAUUAUUGUCAAUGGAAUCAAGGAAGAAGGCACAAGCUAGAAAGGAUAAGGAAGAGGAGAUUUUGGACAAACAUCGAAAAGAGGAGAAGGAGCUGGUAAAGCAGGGCAAGAAACCAUUUUACUUGAAAAAGACCGAACAGAAGAAGAGAGUGCUCAUGGAUCAAUAUGGGGCUCUUAAGGGCAAGCAAUUGGACCAUGUCAUUGAGCGGAGGAGAAAGAAGGUCGAGGGAAAAGAAAAGAAGAAGAUGCCAUUUGCAAGAAGGGAGACCGGGUCAUAAUUACAAGACGAUCAAAUUUUGGAAUCAAGUUAUCAAACAAUCCUCAAAGACGAAGUGAGAAU